GUAGUUUCACUUUUCUCCUCGGCUACGAAAGUAUGAAGACCUUAGCAUGAUCGCGACACAACCCUUGUAACAAUAUUAAGGUCAGUAUUUCUCAUAACUGUUGAAUUUGCCUGAGAGGUUUUGCGGCCGCUGGCUCCAGCGUCGCAGCCUUGGAGAAGACAGGUCGAUUGUGCGUCAGUCAGACAGUCAGUUUAGUGAUUUUUUUUUUCACUUCCUUGUUACUAAGCUCUGCGAAUGUGGCUUUCCCCGUCCCCUGAAACGCAUCGUUUCUGACAUCCUGUAACGACAUUCGGUCAAAAUUUAACAAACACAUUGCCAUAUGCGUAAUAGAUAGCCAGUAAAUGAGAGUCCCCAACGUAGCUGAAUGUGAAUGACUUUUUCUUUAUGUUUAUCGUCCUCCCAUUAGAGUUACAACACCCAAUCUGGCUGAUUUAGGGCAGUUCAUAUUCGUCAGUUAUGAAUUUGACAGUUGCAUAUCAGAGUAACGACUGGGUAUUAGCUGCUACAGUUGGAAAUAUGUAGUUUAUAUUUAUUUAAUCAAUAACACAUCUCUAAAAAGGUCUGGGAUCUUUUUUUCACUCAGCACUGAUGUUUUCCUUCAACAAUAUAUUAGUGCUAAAAGCUUGGAAAGAAUAAACAUCUAUUAUCACAGCUUGUCUUAAUCUUGGCCUGGUAUUGUUUAAAUCACCUGCUGUUACAUAACUUUAGUAAUCAGCUCAGUAUUUAAAUGAAGUCAAUGUCACAAGCAAAGUUCAAAAUCUCGGGUUAUGUUGAUGCAGUGUCAUAGUAACCCCCAUGGGUGGUGUAGUAUUAUCAAAUGUCUCCACCUUUUUUUACAGAUGAGAUUAAUUGAAACUUAAUCACUUGACAAAUCCCAGAGGGAGGGUGUGAUUACUGUUUUUGUUAUUAUCAUGUUGCUGUUCACAAUCAUGGUGACAGCGUAACAUUUUUUAACUGUGUAUUGCAUCACUCUGAAGAGAUUUUUUUUUAACAGCAGUGGUUGUGUUUUUCCCAGCAGAUGGCAGAGCUAGGCAGGACUGUAAGGGUGAGUGGUCUGCCUACAGACAUUGAGGAUAACAUCUUGAGAGACAAGCUAUUAAUCUACUUCCUGCGAAGAAAGAACGGCGGAGGGGAAAUAGAGUCUGUCACCAUCAUCAAGGCAACACCAGUCUGUGCCCUUAUCACCUUUGAGGACAGUGGAGGUCAGCAAAGUUGGCAUGAUGUGUGCAUACUUCUGAUCAUGAUUCUCUUGCAGAAACACAUUAUUGAAAUCAUAUUAUUCCAGUAACUACUCAAGUGUAGCUGCAGAUUCAACAUAAUUAAGUUGCAACAAUUUGAAAAUACUGAGAACCAUUUUCCUAAUGGUACCACUGAUUAAACUUUGACUGACUCUUGGCUCGGAGCAGCUCAAGUGAAAGAGCUCAGUCACAGACAAAGAUUAAUUUCUUUUUGGUGACCCCUCUCAAACAGUGGCCCAAGGAGUUAUUCAACAUGGCCGGCACAUUCUUGAGGUGAAUGAGAAGAGGCAUGAAGUCAUUGUAACAGAACAUCAGGAAAGCCUGGACCCAGAGAAGGUAUAUUUAUCAAGAAUGCUGGGAAAAUAUGCAAGAAAUGAAUGCUGAAUAUAGACUCUGAUCAACUUGUUUUCUUCUGUCAUUUUAGGUCAUCCUGAGUUUAUCAGCAACUGUUGACUGCAGCCAACUUCCUGGGGGGAUGAGUGCACUGAAGAGCCUUCAGAAGAGCCACCCUGAUAUCCAGAUAAACCGCCGUACUACUGAGGAGCUGUGCACAUUACAUGGGGCUUAUUCCAAAGUCCAGGCUGCCUUGGCACAGUUACUCGGCCAUCCUGGAGGCCUAAAGUCUGCAGAGAAAAAAGACUCAGAUCAACCUGCAAACAGCGGCCCCUCCUUUGUGCAUAUACCCCACAAGCCUGAUACCCAUGAGUCGGACCAAAACAGUAAACCUAGGAAACAAAGAUAUCUAAGAGAGAAAGAUCACAAUGGCAGAUUGACUGAUGAGUACAGAUCAAGCUCUUCCAGACCCCUGACCUCUGCUGGUUAUGGUUGGGAAGAUACCAGCCAAUCAGAGGGAGCAGCGUCACAGAAUCCCGAGCGUCAUACAACGCCAGAGGAAGACUUCUCUCUGAUUGUUGAUGCAGACAUGUUUCAAUAUCUGAAGAGACAUUGCAGGAAUGAAUACCAGAAGAUCCUCAGUCAGUAUGGUGUGGACUUGGUAGAUGUGACCAAUCAGGGGUUGACUACUCUAUUUUUGCACGUUUCCACAGGAGAUGUGGAAGAUGGCCCAGCUCAGGAGCAAAUGAAGCUUGCAAAAAUAUCAAUAAGUAGGCUUUAUCAAGAGAAUGAGUACAAGAUACGCAGAGCCCAGAUCCCUAAAACCUGCCUGUCCCUUAAGGGUGGGCUGCAAAGGGCAAUGGAAAAUUUAAGUGUCAGGCUUCCCAAGCUUCUUCUGAAUGAAGAUGAGCAAAAUGUCUAUGUUAUCGGGAGCAGCAGUGACGUGUCUGAGGCCAAGCAGUUUCUUAUCCUGGACCACGGAGAAGAAAAAGAAGAUUUAGCAAGUGUUCCUAAAUAUCCUUUGUAUGAUUCAGGUACACCAUCUCAUGCUGACGUGCAGAGGUUCACCCUCACCUCUUCCUCUAGAGUAGAUCCUGCGGAGGAUCGGUUAGAUCAGCUGCUGAGGUCAGAGGAGGAUGAGAGGAGAGACGAAGGGUCCAAGAGGUAUAAACUAGCAGCUCGAUUUAAAGAUUCAGGACUGGCUGCAUUAGGUAAUCGUCCGACCGACUUCAGUCUACGCGGGCUGUCAUCUCCAAGAAAACAAGCAAACAAUGGGCCAAUGUUAGGGCAUGAUGUUUUGUCAGAAGCAGCAGAUACUCUUGGUGGAGGAGUCCUCAGAGCAACAGCUCAAAACACAGGAGAAGACAUCUUAUUUAGAAGCUUGGAUCCUCUGACCCCCCUUGUGUCUGUGAAGAACAAAACCUCCUUAAACUCACAUUUAGCUGACACUCGACCCAAGAGUUUAACAUCCCCACACGGCACCACUCAGUCCACUUUAUCAGGAAGCUCUCUAGGUCCACCAGCUGGGUCUGGAUCCAGUCUAAAGAGAGCAAGUAGUUUCUCUGGAACACCCCAGCAGAAAGCCCAAAUUAUAGGACGGAAAAGUCAAGAAGACCCCGGAAAGACCAGAACCAGGUCCUCUAGCUUCAGUAACCAAACAGGUGGGCACAAGCAAGAAGUCUACAUUGCAGAGAUAACAGUGUCCUCCAUGAUGUGGCAGCACAUAAAAGCAGCCUACGGCACCCGCGUGGAUGACCUGACCUCUGAUGUUCAGAUGAAAGAGAGCAGCUCCAAGGGGGGUACUGAUCUGACCCUCACCUUGAGAGGGGCAACCUGGUCUAUAGUGAGUUCAUGUCAGCAAGGUUUGCAGAAGCUGGUUGAUUCUGUUAGUGUGGACUUUAACCUGCUGGAGCUGAAGCUGUCAGAGCUGGGGACCAACAGCGCUGAUGAGACCUUACAGGCUUGUUGUGCAGAGGUGCAAAGACAGUAUAAGAAGGUAACUGUUCAGGUUUUCAGCACAAGUUUAUUUGUCUUUGGUCCCAAAAAGUUGUGUUCUCUGGUAGUGGCUGCACUGCGGGAAGUAUUUUCUCCAAAUCCUGAACGACAUGGCUGUAGUAGCCUUCCUGCCUUCAACCGGGAUUCAUCCAUACUUGUACAAACCAAUGAGCACCAUGAUGCCAGACUGCAGACUUUCAGUAAUCCACAAACAAUACAUGAGAACCAUGCAAGUCAAACUGAUGGGACAGGAUUUAGCCUUGAGAGAGGAACAAACCAUAGAAGUGAGCCUCAAGAGACAGAGGGUGUGAAUGGAUCUACAAGUCAACCAUUAGUGAAGAAAAACCCUGUGAUUAAAGAAAAAGUGAAGGUUGUAGGCAUGGCUGAGAAGAGUGGACAGAAGGCGCUAACGGAAAUGAACAGCAGAGAGAGCCAUGAUGAUGGUGCAGAGUCAAGAAUGACAGCAAGUACGGAUAAAGAUGUGGUAAACCUUCAGAGAGAGAAAACACCCAACUCCAGUCUAAAGGACAACAUACAGCAGAGCCAGAAAGACACACUUGAGGAGUCUGCUGCGGGAGGCCUGGGGUGCAUAUGUGUGUGUGGGGAGAGUGAUGAGUCGAUGACAAAAACCAAGUGUGGCGCUACCUUCUGCUCUAAGUGCUUGAAAACAGUGCAUACCCAGUGUAAAGUUUGCUGUGAGACAGAGCCAACGCCACAAGGCAUCCGUGGAAAAAUGAAGUUCUCUAAAAUAAACAUCAAAAUCCCGGGUCAUAAGAAAGACUCUGCUAUCAAGGUCACUUACACCAUUCCUGAUGGGAUCCAAGGGGUAAGAGACAGACUCUAAAUGUAUUCCCUCUGAUAUUUCUGAUAGAGGCCUUUCAUAUAAUAGCCUGUUAAGUUUUUAUUUUGUUCUUGAAAAAUGAACAGUUCAUUGAGGUUAAACUGUAGUUACACAUUUGAUCGGGUUGGAAGUUUUAGAGCAAGCACGCUUGGUGUCAAAUAUUUAUGGUAACGUCAAGAUCUCAUGGGAAGUUAUUUUAAAGUACUUGAACUAGAUGUAGGACAUUAUAGUUUUCUUCAGCCUGAAAGACUCAACAACUUUGCUCUAUACUUUCUCAUCAGAGUGGACACCCUUCUCCAGGAAAAGCAUUCAGUGGAGGGAGGUUUGAAUCUUUCUUUCCUGACUGCGAGGAGACCAGAAGGCUUCUGCCCAGACUGGAAAAAGCUUUCAAGAAGGGACUUACCUUCUCAGUAGUAGAGACGGAACAAGGGGCCAAAGUCACUUGGGACUGCAUCCCACAUAAGACCACCACACUUGGGGGCAAAUCGGGGUGAGUUUGGCUAGUGAAUUUAACAGUUCUUUGUCUCCAGUUUCUGCAAAACAUACUUUUCAGAGGACUUAAAUCUUUUUAUCAUUUUAAAGCACUUGAACAUGCCUCUCAUGAACCAUGAGUGUUCAAAAUCUAAAAGAGCCUCAUUAUUAAAAGCUUGACUCGUCCUUUUAAGAUGAACAGUCGUAUUUCUGUCUGUUUUCAGGUGCGGUUACCCAGAUUCCACUUACUUGAGUCGUCUUUCGGAGGUCUUGACCAACCAGGGAAUUGAAGAUCCAACCGUCAAGUCUUCAGAAUAAAAUUAAUAACUCUUUGAAGCAGUUAUACAGUUAAUUUUUUUAAUCAAAAUCAUGUGAUACCACCAGUAUUUUCGUGUGGCUGAUGUACUCAUUUAUAGAUAUUGGUUUUGUAGCCUUUAUUUCAGCUACUUUGAUUUUUUUUUAAUUUGUUAAGUCGACAUACUGUUCUGCAAACAGUACUGUAUCAUUAAUUGUACAGCUAAACUUUUUCUACUGCCUUCCAUCCUUCUGUUGGACCUAGAUUCAGAAAAAAUAGGAAUUAGGUGAAGUUGGAAGUUGCUUGGAAAUAAAUGAGAACUUUUA